GAAAAGUUCCUUGAUCGACGUCGCUUCAUGAUAAUAAAUAAUAUAAAUAAUUAAUAUAUCGCUGCAUCGUGUUGGGUAUAUAGUUCCUUUUGGACGAUAUUAAGACAAAACCUUUAUAAAAACGUUGUAUUUGAUUUUAUUUUAUGUUAACAAAUACAACCUUCGUGUUUACUAACAGUGAGCUCGACAUUCAGAAAGCGAACUCAGAUUAGCAUGUUGCUUUCAGUACGUUGCGUUGACUGUACAGUACAAUACCUGCCGUUUAGUUUGUCGUCGUCAAAAUAAAUGUAGAUGGAGAGAGUGUAGAUGGAGAGAGACUUCCUACUUUAACACCUCCCACUUCAUGAUGCCCAUAUGAGCGCAGGUGAACUGACACUUCAGUGCGAUCAGUCUGUGCUAAAGGACGGAUAUUUGUCCAUUACAUUUGUUUUAAACUGCGUUUCUGAGGCUGGCAGGACAUAUAUAAGUUAAUGUUCGUUUAUAUUUAUAGCUAUUACUGCUAAUUGUUUAUUUAUAUAUGGAGUUAUCGUCUUAUAAAUAGCCUAAUAACUCAGAAUACAGCUCUCAUGCCACCUUCAAGAUGAUUGUUUUCUAGAAAAUACAUAAUUUUUCUACAGCGUUUUUGUGAGUGUGUUGGACUUUUAUGAUUAUUCGUGAGAGGAUGGAAAGGAUUAUAUCAUAAUAACAUCCAGAAAUGGGAAAAUGGGAGCUGACAAUGGAGCCUGUUCAGGAAUGGGGUGAGGAGCAUGAAGAUGGGGCGGUGUUCGGGGUCACCCUGCGCAGAGAGCCAGUCCAGCAGUCUGCCGAGCCCACGGAGGCUUUCGUUCAUUACCGCACAUGUAAAGUGCGCAGGUUAAAAGCAGCCACGCUGGACAAACUGGUGUCCCACCUGCUGGACCCCUGCUGUCAGGAGCAGGACUACAGUUGCAUUAUGCUGUCCACGUAUCGCUCCUUCACCAGCACCAACAAGCUCAUCGAGACGCUCUUCCAGAGGAAGAACCUGGCUUCUGUGCUUGACAGCAUUAAUUAUCCUAACAGCUGUUUGUGGACAGUGCUUCAGUUGUGGUUGGAUGAGUACAGUGAGGAUUUCAGGGAUUCUCCUAUGCACUCUUCACUGCGCCUCAUGUGUUUAAAGCUGAGAGGACACCCGUCUCUCUUCCCGCUCGCUAAACAAUAUGAAGCGCUCCUUAAGAGAUUCCAGACUGAAGAUGUUGUGGCAGCUGUUUCAGCCGAUCUUACCGAAGAAUCCAAUUUGAAUAUGGAGAUGAGAAACUUUGAAUUUGACAACAUGGAGGAUUUCCUGGAUUUUUCCAUCAUGGGUGUUGCUGAACAGCUCACACGAAUAGAUGCUGAUUUAUUCGUGAAGGUGGUCCCUUUCCAGUGUCUGGGAUGUGUGUGGUCCCAACGAGACAAGAAUGAAAACCUUUCGCCCUCUGUCUGGGCCACCAUCACACAGUUCAAUGCGGUCACCAAUCGGGUUAUCACGUCUCUGCUUAAUUCCCCAACCUCCACCGCCUCACAGAGAGCCAGAGUUAUUGAAAAAUGGGUUCGAGUUGCUCAGGGAUGUAGAGAGCUGAAAAACUUCUCCUCUCUGAAGGCCAUUUUAUCUGCCCUUCAGUCCAACCCCGUCUAUAGGCUAAGGAAGACCUGGGCUGCAGUGAGCAGGUACAGACAAACCACACACACCUUAUGCAGACAGUAUUGGGUGCCAUAA